CGCGUAUACGCAAAUGUCAUUCACGUUUUCAAAACAAACAAAAAUCUCGCUCGAGUCGUUUUCUGUUUGUUUUGCAUGUCAAACUAUCGUCCCCUAUUCGUGUAAAUGUCCAAACGCCGGAAUCUGCUCGAUUCCGCUGAGAAGCGACGCUCGCUCCAAAAUGUAGCCGUUGCUCGUGGCCGACUGAAAGGAGCUCUCCAGCAUAUCGUCACCCACACGGACGACGAUGAAUCGAACUCGGACGAUCCCAGCACCAGCCUGCCUUCGAAACGUUCCAAACCAACGCUCCCGGAUGCGAUUCCCAUUCCUCACCAGUCGUACAUUAUGAAGCUGUUUGAUCGUAGCGUCGAUUUGGCCCGUUUCGACGGAUCUAGCCCGUUGUAUCCGAUCUGUCGGGCCUGGAUGCAGAAUCAACCCCGGCUCAAUCCGGGCAGGUUAUCGCGGAUGCCUGUGCCGGUUAAACGCGAGCAUAAUCCAGAAAUGGUUGAACAGUACAGAAACCGUGAGCUGAAGGAAAUCUGGUCCAUGCCAAAGCCGGAACCGGCUGCCAUCGAACGAAUCCCGUCACCUUUGGAGUGCCAAAAAGUGGCUUCGAAGGAUCGAAUCGAUCUGGAAGCGGAGCCCGUGCCGAAGGCUAUUCUAAUGGCGGAACAUAAGCUGCGGUGGGCUGAAAUACGCCGCAAGCGGCAGUUGCAUGCGGAAUGUGUAGGGCAGCGGUAUGCGGCCAGCUUCGAACUGUUGGUUGAAAUGCUGCGCGAGACGACGUGAUUGAGAUAUCUGUAAUUUCAAUAGGUUUAUUCGAUAGAUGUUUUAAAUAUGUAAUCUACUGUAUUCUGAAUGUUCUUGCACGAGAAAAUGCAGAAGACUUUUAUU